UUUCAAUAAAAAAAAGUCUAGAAAAAAUAAUGAGCGUCUAAAAAUGGAACCUAAAAAUAAUCUUCAUUCUCAAAACAACAGUAAUACUGGCGGCCCCUUUUUGGCUAAUUCUGCUGUUAGUGGAGGAGCCUCAGAUUCGAAUAAUGCCGAUAUAUUCUCUACUUUAUGCAAUUUGGCAACUACAACAAAUAAUUCUGGAUUUAAUUCGCAAUCUCAGUUGUUAUUCCCAAAUAUUCAAAAUGAAUGGAAUAAUAAUUCGAAUAAUUGGUUUGAUCAGGCAAAGCUUUCAUUAUUUCCAAUGUAUGGACUUUUACAGGCAAACAACAACAAUACAAACGAAUUCUCCCACAGCUCUAUGGGGACAGACCGUAAUUUGCACCAUCAAACGUCAAAUAAUUUUAUUCAAUCAGCGCCUCCAUUCAAUCUUGUGGAGAAUUUACAAUCCUCUUUUGGACUGUUAUACAAUAAUAAUACAAUGACUAAUACAACUUUAGCGAAUCCGCUUCAAUCGCCUCCAGGAAUUAUGCAACAACACUUAAUGCAUCAACAAUCACCGCUUAAACACAAUAUAAGCAAUUAUUCUCAUUCUACUGCUAGCGAUUCUGAUUGUACUCCCCAUUCAAACCCUCCAUCUUCCAAUUUAAGUCAUCAAUUAAUUAUUUCACCAACACAGCCUUCAUCAAUUAUUGAAGACCAUCAACUUAACAAUCUCCAUUCUUCUUCUCAAGUUGAACCUCUCGAUGAAUUUAUGUUUGAUUUACAAGAUUUUGAAGAAUUUUUUAUGGAAACACCUUCAACUUCAUACCAACAACAACAACACCCUAUGGAUCCUUCAACUCCCUUUUCUCAACAUUCUGAUUGUCCAAUGUCUAAUAAACCGACAGAUAAUAUUUCUACAACAUGUGGAAGUUUAAACAAUUCAAUUUGUAAUAAAUUUUGUCAAGAAGAAUUGGCUAAUGCUGACAAAGAAGUGGAUAGAUUGGUUUCAAUGGUUGCCCACAAAAAUAAUAUACAAAAGGAUAGAGAAGCUAUUACAACUACAAACAAUUCUUCUGGCUUUCACCAGCACAGUAUUGCUUCUUUAUUUAGUUUAAAUUGUUCUCCAUCGACUAGCUCUUCUGUUUUACCUCAAAUUCCAAAAACUGAAGCUUCAUUGGAAAUGCCUCAUUUUACGCCUCCUGAUUCACCCUCUCCAACAUCUACAACAAUUGCCUUUGAUGACCAUUCAACUUUUAAUUCUUCCCUAAACAACACCAACCAACAUACUCCUCAACAAUUAACAACAACUUCAACUCCCUCUAAUAAUCAACACAAACAACAUUUUGGAAAUUCACGUCACAGUUCUUUUGGUUCGUCUACAAGUAGUAACAAUGCUGCUGCUUUACCUUCUUUCAGUUCUCCCCCAAAAACAACUCUUAAAAAGUCCCCUCUCUCUUUUAUUCCAACAAAUUCAACACCUCAAAAUCAAUUAAUAGAUCCUUUAAAAUUAAAUCAUUUGGCAAUGUCUCGAAGUAAAAACAACGAUAAACGAAUUCCUAUUUAUAAAAGAAAUAGUGCUAAUACAACAACAAAUAUUGGAGGGGGUCGAUCUUUAUCAUUUAUUGAAUCAUUUAUGAAAAAUGAGGCUGGAACAAAGAAAGAUUCUUCUCAAACAGCUGAAGACGCCUUUAAUUUCGAUGAAGAUUUUGACGACAAAAUUGAUAAUAAUGAGCUUAUUCCUCUAAAAAGUCCACAAAAGAUGAUACAUUCACAAACAGACAAACAACGAUUGGGGGAACAAGAAAAGGCUAAACGAAAAUAUACAAAGAGAAAGGGUAUUAUAGAAGACUCGUACACUACAGCUACUAAUAACGUCUUAAGAGAAGUGGAACAUAAACAACAGCCUAAAGCCAGACCUCUAUUAGCCGAACAAAUUAAAAUGCGUAGACCUAUUGGUACUUUUUUAAAUUCUGAAAUUGCAAAAGAUGAUAAUGCAGCAAUUUGUGAAGCUGUCCCAACGGCUGUUUGUACUUUAAAAAAUGUUGAGACGAGUUGUUUAAAUAACGACACAGAUUUCAAACCUUUACCAAAAUUAGUUAUUCGAAUUUUACGUCGAACAGAAUCUUCAACAACAACAACAGAACUUCCUCCUCUAUUACCUACACCAACAGAAUUAAAUGAAGUUAACAAUAAUUUUCAACAACAACAAAAACAUAAAAAGAAAAAGCAUAAAAAGAAUAAAAAAGAAAAAGAUGUUGAUUGGACAGAAACUGAUGAAUGUUUAAAAUCUAUUAGUAAAAAGAAUAAAAAACAUAGAGAGCAUCACAAGUCAAAAAGAAGAGAUUCUAAAGGAUCUAUUGGUAGCCUUGACUUAAACGAAACAGAAAAUAAUAAUAAUAUAUCACCAGAAUAUACCCCAACACAACAUAUAAACAAUAAUAAUCGAAGAGAUUCAUUUUCUCCAGAAAUAUAUCCAGGCAUUCCAACAACAACAACCUCAUCAACGUCUUUACAAAAAGAAGAAGAACAAAUAAAUAAUUUUAAUGAAGAUUCAACAAGUUUUUCUUCAAAUUUUUGUGAACGUUUAAAUUUUAUUGAACGUCCAACAGAAAAUCCAAAAAAGGGAACUUUUUUACUAGCUAAAGAAGAUUUAUUUAAAUUGGAAGAAAAUAGUGUAGCAUUGUGGAGAAUUGAUAAUCAAAAUUUGUUACAAAAAUAUAUACCUUUUGUUGUGGAAGAAGAGGGGGAAUAUAAAGGAGAAAUACAUUACAAAAAUAGUCAAACGUAUUCUGGAUGGAGCCCAGAUUUUGUUGAUUAUCACAUUGUUGUUAGAGUUGAAUAUAUAAAGAAAAGUCGUUCUGAUAAUAUUGUUCGACCUUUGCUUCCAUUACAAGAUUUAUUUCCUGUUGUUUGUUCAACUAUAAAUGGGGCAGAGGAUAAAAGUAUUGUUAAAAUUUCACAUCCUGAACCUUUAAGACAUAAAUUUAAUGUUAAAGAAACCCAAUUAAUUGAACAUUUAAAAGUUUUUGUUGAAAUUAUGCUUAAACAUGCUAUAACACUGCAAUUUGUACAAAAUAUUAGAGAGAAUAAUGACUGGAAUUAUUUAUGUUCAAUGACUGAAAUAGAAACAAAAAUAAAAAAUUGUUUACAAAAUAUUUGUUCAGAAAAUGAUCGUUGGUUGCCUUCUUUUUUAGAAGCAUUAAACAAUUUUCCAAAUAUAUUUUUUCUUCGGGAUUUUAAUGAUCAUAGUGAUGAACAACAAUCUUGUCAGGCUUGUCUACUUAAAUGUCUCGAUGUAAACCAAGCAAUCCAACUUUAUACAGAAGAGGUUUACGACACAGAAACAAUUGUCCCAAAAAUGUUAACUAAUUGUGAAAAUACUGUUUGCAAUAUUGAUUUUUAUUUAUGCAACAAGUGUGCAGAUGCAGCUCUAAAAUAUCAUAAAAUUUAUCAUUUGAGAUAUUCUAUAUUUAAAGCUUCAGAAAUAAAGUUGGAAUUAACAAGUACAGAGAAUCCAGAAUAUUCUGUUGAACAAGUAAUUGAGCAAUGCAAAAAUGAUACUGAAUGGGUUGAAAAUCUUUGCAUUGAAGGUGCUAAUGUUAUUUUAUCAGAAUAAAUAAAAUAUAUUGUGCCAUUUUUAAUAUGAAAAUAAAAAAAGGAAAUGCGGGUAUAUUCAACAAAAAAAAAUUUAUUUUUAAAC